AUGUCAAUGAUUAUUACUUAUGGAACAUCACAGACUACAUCAACAACUACCCGUACUAGUGUUAUUUCUACUACAAAUAUGCCAAAUAAUGGAGGAAAUAAUAAUAAUCAAAACAGUAGUACAAAUGCAGGUGGCUCUGGAUCAUUAACUACCAAAGUAGUUGUUCCAUCAGCUACAACACAACAAAUUUCAACAACUACUAAAGGAGUUGGUGUUAUACUACCUUCUAUAAUCAUUGUUUCAAUUGCAUGUUUCAUAACUAACCUUUCAAUUACUUUCUAUUACUUUUAA